AGCACUCUAGACCAACUCCCCAAGGAGUCAGGCCACCCCCACUCCUGGCCCUCCGGAGAAGGAAGUCCGUGUGCUUCUCAGAGAGCUGUAACUGCCCUGUGCCUGCACACCUGCCCAAGGAGCUCCGGAGCGCGACGUGCUUGGCAGACACCUCGCUUCCUCAUGGCUCGGAUGAGUUGCUGGGGGAACGGGGGCAAGAACUCGGGCCCAGUGCCCAGUGGUGUCCCUACAGCCCCUCGCCCCUGGCUGGUGCACAGGGAAGCCCACUCUUCUUCCUGCUGCUAAUUUCCAGAAGGAUGAGAGAGGCAGAGGCUUGCAGUACACUCAAGAAGAUGGCUGCCUUUUACCAGUGCGUCAGGCCUGACCCCAGUGAGCCGGACAUGAUUUCCACAAGGAUGACGGACAUGAAGCUCCGAGAGUCGGCUGAAGGCCUCGGGGAGGACGGCACAGGAAAGAAAAAAUCCAAAUUUAAAACUUUCAAGAAGUUGUUUGGGAAGAAGAAGAGGAAGGAGUCCCCCUCGUCCACAGGAAACACUUCCUGGAAGCAGAAUCCGGCCAAGAGCGAGGUCAUCCCCAUCGAGUCAGGGCCGGUGGGCUAUGACUCUGAAGACGAGCUGGAGGAGUCCAGGGGCACACUGGGCAACCGUGCCCUCUCACACGACAGUAUUUUCUUUCCUGAAUCGGGACAGGACCCUGCUCGGCCUGUGCGGGUGUUUUCCCAAGAAAAUGUGUGUGACCGAAUCAAGGCUCUGCAGUUAAAGAUACAAUGUAAUGUGAAAAUGGGGCCACCGCCUCCAGGAGGCAUUCCUAUCAAGCGGACAGAAGAAACCGGCAUGAGCUCUGAGGAUGAUGGGCUGCCCCGGAGCCCCCCAGAGACGUCCCUGCUGCAUGAUGUGGGUCCAGGCACGAAUAUAAAGAUCCUAGUGUCCUCAUCCGGGCCGCAGUCUCCCGACCACACGAGCAGCAAUGCCCCCGUCUCCUCUCGGACCUUGCUUGUCAGCCAGACACCUUCAGUUGACUUCAGCCAGCCUCCAGAAUUCUCCUCCUGCCUGGAUAACUCUGCCGCUAAACACAAGCUCCUGGUUAAGCCCCGCAAUCAACGGUCAAGCAAAAUGAGGCGCCUGUCUUCGAGGGCACAGUCUGAGUCCCUGAGUGACCUGUCAUGGACUCUGGAGGAGGAAGACUAUGAAGAGAAACCGUCACUCCAGGUCAGCACAGCAGAGAACCCUAGUGCCGGGCAGCGGGAUCUCAUGCUGGGCAGAAGGCCUGAGCUCGGUGGACCUGCAAUCUUGCUGCUCCCUAGCGGGGCCUGUGCCAGGCGUGCUCGCUUACAGCACAGCACAGCAGUCAGCGCGAGCAUGGAGGACGGAGGCUGUCCUGGAGAUGAACCCUCCAGCCGCCCAGCUACGCCAGAGGUCACUGAGCCCAUGGCAGUCUCAGUCCCAUGCUCGGAGUCCGCCUCUCUGCCACGAACAUCCACAUACCAUAUUCCUCACAGUGAAAUCCAGAAGGAAGCGCUGCCCCCUGGGGGCCUGUGUCCCCUAGCGGAGAGCAUGUCCGAGGAGGUUGCUUGUGUUUCUGCAGAUGUGGAAACCCCACCAUCUACUGAUGCCCCUGAGGGGGACAUGGCCCCUUCCAAGGAGGACUCUGCACCUCCUGAGGGAGACACAGCAUUUCCUGAAGGAGACACACUUCCCGGAGGGGAUACUGUCCCUCCUGAGGGAGACACACCACCUCCUGAGGGUGUCAUGGCACCUCCUGAGAGAGGCAUGCCACCUUCCAAGGACGACAUGGCACCUCCAGAGAAAGACACAUCACCUUCCAACAGCGACAUGGCACCUCCGGAGAGGAUCAUGGCACCUCCAGAGAGAGGAAUGUCACCUUUUGAGGGAGACAUGGUGCCUCCUGAGAGGAUCACGGCACUCCCAGAGAGAGACACGUCACCUUCUAAAGGGGAUGUGACGCCAUCCAAAGGGAGCAUGGAGACUCCUAACGGGGACCCAUUACUUCCAAAGAGAGAGACACCACCUCCCGAGACUAUCGCAGACACCAACUUGGAGACACCUUCAGAUACAGAAGGACAGAACCAAAGUGCCCAAAAGGAGGAGGAGUUGACCCUGGUGGUACCCAGGCCUGAGGGAGCGGGCACAGAGUCUUCCACAACCCCUGCCCCGAGCCCUCCGGGACCCAAGAGCUGCCUGAAGCACAAGGCCUCGGUCCUCAGUGGGUCUCCCACAGAGUCUCCUCUGAAAGAGCCCCGUCCCGUAGUUCAGAACAGGGCAGUUGUGCCCCCGGCCCGCCCCAGGCCUGCGCAGCCUGCGAUCUCAGGAGGUCCGGAGAGGACAGCCCAGGCGAGGAAGGGUGAGCGGAGCGCUGAACCCCAGCGCAGCGUUAAGAGGUUCUCCGUGACCUCGAGCAGGGCACGUGCCCGUGCCAGCAGCUCUCGCCAUCUGGAACCCUCUGGGCAUGUUCCCACAGGGGGCCGUGCACCCUUGCUACGGAGCGGCCUUGCCUGGAGGAGUGAGGCAGCUCUUGAUGACCUCCAGGUGCUGCCAGAGCCCCAGGACCAGAAAGCAAUGGGUGGUGACCCUCAAGACUCAGGGGACAUGGGGGCCGGCCAGGCAGGACCAGGCAAGAGCCUCCAGGAUACUGAGCCAUGUGCCUCCUCCGUGCAGGAGCCAGCCCCUGGGGAGGACCAGAACCCUUUCCCAGUCAAGCUGCGGUCCACCUCUCUCUCGCUCAAAUACAGAGAUGCCUCUGCUCAGGAGGCCAAAGCCAUCAAGAGGUACAGCGCCGAAGUCAGGCUGGAGAGAGGAAGCCUUACUCUGUUCCCCAAGGAUGAACAGAGCCAUGCCGGGGCUGCCCCUGCACUGCGAGGUUCCAGGUCCCCCAAUGGGCAAGGCAAAGGGAAGACUAGGUCUCCCGAGCUGCCCGGUACCAAGCCACCCCUACCCAGGAAGCCGCUUCUGCCGAGCCUCACCCUGCCAUACCCACCCACGGGCCUGGAUGCUAGCCCUCAGGAGUCCGAGAGACUCAUAGCAGUCACCCUGCCUCCUGAGCCCCGGAAGGAGAAGGCGCCCCACCAGGGAGCUGAAAAGGGUCAGCCUCCUGCUGCUACAGGCCCUGGGGCUGAUGGGCAAGCCACCCCACCCUGGAUCACCAUGGCCCGGCAGAAGCGAAGAGGACCCCCAGACCUGCCUGUCAGUCAGGAAGAGAAGCCUGGGGCACGGGUCCUGAAGACAGAGACUGGAAAGCAAGCCAAGGAGUCUGUGAAGCAGGGUGACUUUGUCCGAAGUAAAUCUUUCCUGAUGACUCCCGCCAAGCCUGCUGUGACCCCGAGGCAGGGGUCAAAGCUGAGCCUCAAGGAGGGACUGCAGAGAGGGAUCUCACUGUCCCAUCAGAACUUGGCAGCUCAGGCUGCGGCCACGGCAGAGAAGGAGUUGCAUCAGCUGAAGAGAGCCAGCUACGCUAGCACAGAUCAGCCAUCCUGGAUGGAACUUGCCAGAAAGAAAUCGCAAGCUUGGAGUGACAUGCCCCAAAUCAUAAAAUAGAUUGGCAGCCUGCUGAUGAAGGAUGUCCACUGCGUUGAUGGGCCAGUUAGUUUUAAAACUGCCAAUAACUCAUGGCACACAGACUAUGAAACUUAAGAUUGACUUUUAUCAACGAAUUAUGAUGUGCUCCGGGAAGAGAGGGGAGCUGGGUGGAACAGAGAGG